AUGGCUACUCUCGCUCCAAUCACCACGCCCGCUCGUCAGCCGUUUGGCAUCUUGAAUGAAUCCAAGCUCAGAAGCUUGCAAAGUGUUAAGAAUCGACAAAAUGCUAUCACACCAAACUCUGCUCCGACCUCACUGAAGCGACGAGCUCCCUCUCCCGAGGUCGAAGGAGGCUCAGACAGCGAGAACGUCGACCCAAAUGUUCUGGACUCGUUGCACAAACGCAAGCGAUCGGCCUUGGACGAGGAUGUAUCCCUUGCAAAGACACAUCGCAUCUCCUUCAAUGUAACCACUCUCCCACCGACCAAACCUCGUCUUAGUACCACUGUUGUCUCUACUCCACGCCUCGAUACCUUUGUAAAGCCCUCUACCACACCUGCCUCAGCACCUGCAGCAGGGCGCUCGCCGACGCGUCAACGCUCAGGUCUUCUUCAGUCACGGAAACGGUUCAACCCCCCUCCCUUUGCUAGUGCUACCCAAUCUCCAUCUCUGUCCCUAUCCGCCGCUUUGAAGGGAACCAAGAAAUCUCGUGUGCAUUCCCGCAGGGCCCACAAGAGCACCACCAUCGAGACCAGCAAGCCCAAGUCAUGGUUCUUCGACAUUUAUGAGGAGACCGAGGAGGCCCAAGAUUACCGCAUGAACGAGUGGACUAUGACACAGAGCGCGACGGGACUGGAUAUCAGUGACGAUGAGAGCAAGAGUCUGCACAAGAAGUCGUCGUCUGCCGAUCGAGGCAAGGAGAACAUCGAUCCCAACGAGGUAACUGCACCAGUGACCAGGUCCAUGGCAGCUGCGGCCACCCAGAAGGCCAAGGAGAAAGAAGUCAGGAUGAACGACAAUGACGAAGCAGCAAGAAGCCCGCUUGCCGACCUCAAUCCUGCCGAAUUCUACGCCGAGGGCCUAGAUGCCACCAGUGUGGUUCUCGUACAGGAUGAUGACGAGGAGGCCGAAACCGACGUGGAAGGCGACGAGACCAAGCCGGGUCAUGACUUUGCCUUCCAACCCUCAACCACCACAACCACCACGAGCAGCGCUUCACUGUCGUCCACGGCAAAGAUCAUCGAAAACCUCAACGCACCCAGCCUCGCUGAGAUACUUAGUUCCGCCACCCCGAAUCCACUACUCGCGGGAGAGACACUCCUGGGAAAGGCCCGAGCCCCUGGCUACCCACUCGCCGACGCGGAUGGUGACGUCGAGAUCGAGAUCUGGGAGAGCGAGAGUGCAAAGGAUGAGAACGAGAAAGCCGACCUGCAGCAGCUCGAGAAUGCUGUUGUUGUCGACCCGGGCAGUCCGUGCUCUUCUGUCGGCGAUCAGAAUGUGUUCGCCCUGCAGGAGCUGUGA